CGGCGGUGUCGUCACAGGUGCGCGACGGAGUGGAGGGUGGCGCUCCGGAGGCGUCGCUGCAGCCCGAGGGGAGCGACCCGGCGGGGGAAGCGCGGCGCGGCGACGACCACCAGCCAGCCUUAGCCGGUGAGUUCCGCCGCUGAGCGCGUCUCGGCCCUCGGGACCCGCUCCGGUUUCUAGAUCCGCGGCUAGAAAGGCGAGUGUGUGAACGCGGCGAACACGUGUCUCCCGCGCGGCAACGCUCCUCCGGGAAACGGUGAAUUUGUUGGAAGAGGAUCAAUUCUAACAGUCUCUGAAGAAAGAUACUGCUAUCUUGGAAGAAAUGGUGGUUUUCACAUGUAACGCAUGUGGAGAGUCUGUGAAAAAGGGACAGGUUGAAAAGCAUGUAAUUGUGUGCCGCAAUUGCCAAUGCCUUUCUUGCAUGGAUUGUGGUAAAGAUUUCUGGGGUGAUGAUUAUAAAUGUCAUGUGAAGUGCCUAAGUGAAGACCAGAAAUAUGGUGGCAAGGGUUAUGAAGCCAAAGCUCACAAAGGAGAUGUCAAACAGCAGGAAUGGAUUCAGAAGAUUCAUCAAGCGAUAAAGGAAACCAACAUUAACCCCAAAGUUCGAGAUAUUUUGGAGCAGAUGUAUACCUAUGACAACAUUCCAAGAAAAAAGGGCAAGUUUCAGAACUGGAUGUCUAACAGUUUGAAAAUACAUAGCACUGCACUGCAGGACCAGGUGUGGGACAUUUUUUCACAAGCUACCAGAAAGGAGACAGCUGAAAACCAGUCUGCAAACAGUGAAGUUAUGCCAACGCCAUCAGAAGACAACCAAGUAAAAAUGGAGAAACCUGCAAAGAAAAAGAAUAAAAGGGAACAAAAGGAAGAGAGGAAAAAUAUGAAAAAGGCAAAAGAAUUAAGGUUGCAAGUUCAGCCAGAGGGCCUAGAUCUCAAAAAAAGUAAGAAGUCUAAGAAAGAAGAGAGAGAAAAUGAGAAUGGAAAUAUUUCCAAAAGGAAUGGCUUGAAGUUGACAAAGCAGCAGCAAGCAGAUGUUUCAGCUGAACUGGAAAUGAAUGGAAACGGUGUCAGUACAAAAGAGGCAGGGACCAAAGCAAAUGGGAAGAAACGCAAGCGUAACGUCUCUGAAGAUGUUGACGAAUCUCCCAUUGCACAAAAAAGAAUGAACAAUUCAGAAACCGAAGAAAAUGAGGAUCAGCUUCAAGGUAAAUUCAAUUGGAAGGGAACUAUAAAAGCUGUUCUGAGGAAAGCACCUGACAAUGAACUGCCAAUGAAAAAACUAAGGAAGAAGGUUUUAUCACAGUAUUAUGCAGUGGCAGGUGAUCAUCAUCAUAAGGCUGAAGAAGAAAUUCUGGCCCUGUUCAAUAAGAAAGUCAGCAACAAUCCUAAAUUUAGAGUUUUAAAGGAAAAGGUUAAGCUUAUAAAAUAGCUUUUUAGUUCUAAAAUAAGGAUUUUUAAUAUGUCCCCAGUUUUGUUAUCAGAUGUAAAGAGAUUUUUCAGAUGUAUAUGGCAGCAAACCUUGCCUGUAUUUGAUUGUGAAUUUCCUUUUAUUUCACAUACAGUUUGUACUGAUUAAAAGUUACUUUUAGGAAAAAA